AUGGCACCAUCACUCCCAGUGCCCACCCAGGGCGGCAUGUUUCACACUUUUCAGGGAGUUACCCCUAAGAAGCCCUCAUCAGACUCGCAAGACAGCAAUAAGAGCAAUGGGACGACGACUACCAAGAGGAUAACGACCCCUCAUGCCUGUGCGGAGUGCAAGCGGCGUAAGAUUCGCUGCGAUGGCCAGCAGCCUUGUGGCCAAUGCCUCUCGAGCCGCGCUCCCAAGAGGUGUUUCUACGAUAAGCACCGCCAGCGGGUUAUUCCCUCGCGCAAGACACUCGAAGCUCUUUCCCAAUCCCUGGAAGAAUGCCGAUCUAUUUUGAAGCGUCUGUUCCCUAAUCACGAUGUGCAGACUCUGCUACCCAUGUCCAGGCAGCAACUCCUCGAGCUUCUUGACCGUCCUCUUGUCGAUACCAAUGUGGCCGGUCUUCCGUCGCCACCGCUCAACACAUCGCCUAUCUCUAACGUCGAUUCGCCUAUGAUGAUCAAGACCGAGAGCCUCCUGGAGCAGCUGCCUGCUCGGGACGCCGAAUGGGAUGAGGAGCGGAGGGGACGGGAUCCGAUCCCGGCCGAAGCUGAUGAUAUUAACGCUUUAUCUCUCUCUGUGGAUCGCCCGCAGUCGUACCUUGGGGCGUCAUCGAUUAAGGCUGCUCUCAUGGUCAUGCUUAAGGUCCAGCCGACCUUGAGAAAUGCUCUGGCAGCUCCUCUGAGCGGAGUCGACGUUCCUCACAACUUUCCUGCCAUCAGGAAAUCAGCGAUUCCAAAGGAGCCUCAGAGAAUUCCGUGGUCCUGGAAGGGCCAGACUCUCAUCGAUGCCUACUUCAAGCGCAUCCACGUCUUCAUUCCCAUGCUCGACGAGAGCAGCUUCCGCGCUGACUACCUGGAAGGACAGAGGACCGAUGCGCCGUGGCUUGCGUUGCUUAACAUGGUUUUCGCAAUGGGCAGCAUUGUCGCUUCGAAGUCUGACGACUAUAGCCACAUCAACUACUACAACCGAGCCAUGGAAUACCUGCCCAUGGAUGCCCUCGGAAGCAGCCACAUCGAGACGGUGCAGGCGCUGGCCCUCAUUGGCGGCUACUACCUCCACUACAUCAACAGACCUAACAUGGCAAAUGCCGUGCUGGGUGCUGCGAUCCGCAUGGCCAGCGCUCUCGGCUUACACCGUGAGAGUCUGGCGCAGAGCACGAAUGACAUUGUUAUAGCCGAGACGCGCCGGCGCACUUGGUGGGCUCUGUUCUGCCUGGAUACUUGGGCCACUACGACGAUGGGUAGGCCCUCGUUUGGUCGCUUCGGCCCGGCCAUCAACAUUCGUCCUCCUGAGUUCGGCAUCAAUGCCGCGCGAGAUUCAUCCCAGCACGCUGGAAUCCUCCCUCUCAUCGAGAACAUCAAGUUCUGCAAGAUUGCUACCCAGAUUCAGGAUAUGCUCGCCGUCAGCCCGUUGUUGCGCGCUGAGGAUCGCUGCAAUCUCGACAAUCAACUUGUCGGCUGGUACAACUCGCUGCCAUGGCUGCUGCGCACAACUGACCCGUGUGCUGAGCCUCUCUACCUGGCUCGUUGCAUCAUGAAAUGGCGCUACCAGAACCUCCGCAUGCUCCUUCACCGCCCUGUCCUCCUCUCCCUCGCUUCGUCCGGCAUUAACCCACACACCCAGGCCAGCGAUGCUGACUUGGCCGCCAUCGAGACCUGCCGUGAGCUUGCUGCCCAGACGAUUGAGGACAUUGCGCGCGAAUGGACCCGCAACCAGAUGAGCGGCUGGAACGCUGCUUGGUUCCUGUACCAGGCCGCCAUGGUUCCUCUAGUCUCAGUCUUCUGGCAGUGGGGCGCCCCUCGUGUGCCCGAGUGGCUCAAGCAGAUCGAGGCUGUCAUCGACCUUCUUGAGGUUAUGGAGGAGUGGUCACUGACUGCUCGUCGUUCACGUGAGGUUGUCUGGCGCAUGUACGAUGCCGCGCGCCAGAUUGUUGCCCAGCAACGUCCCAGCUCCGUUGCAGACACUCCCCCAACGACAACAGCCGCCCCAGGGCCGCUUCACAUCCUCACCUCUGAUGCCAUGCUCAUGUCUUCGCCCACCGCGGCUGAAGCUGCUGGCAUGCACAUGAGCCCCAUCGGCCUGGAGCCGGUUGACGGCCUGGGCAUGAUGAACAUGCUUGACCAGCAAGGCCUUUGGGGCGAUUUGGACGGCAUGUACUGGGCGGCUCCGCCAGGGGCUACCUCGCUCGGCAGCCCUGUGCUUGAUGUUAACGCCACGGCUGCGGUCAGUCCGACUGAGUACCCCGUCCCUAGUGUGACAUAUCCUCCCCCUCCCUCCCACCACGCACAGCAUCACCCCGCUGUAACUGGCGCACCGCACCCGGAUGCGCUGACAGUCCACGACUACAUCACGGCGCAUCAUGCUGGGCAGCCUCAUGGUCUUGAGGGCCUAGCAUAUGUUCAGUAA